GCAUACCAUAUUCCUUUUGUUGUGUGGUGGGGAACUUUUUUCUCGCAGAAUUACACCCAAAAUUGCAGAGAAAAUGCAACAACAGCCGGUAUCAAUAUCAUCCAACUUGGACCAUCAGAUAAUAACAACUAAUCAUGAUCUUAGCCAACUUGUGCCGUCAUUUCUAGGACAAUCCAUCCAGGCUCAGCAGUCAGCGUCGACCCAAGGAAAUGCGGCUCAAAAUGUCGCAGCGAGUACGGUUCUUGUCAGUGCGUACAGCAUGUCCCCGAUGAUGAGCGCCGCCGGAACUCCACGCAUGAGUUUUGCUGGGAGUAUGGUGUCACCGAAUACGUCAGCUCCUCCUUCGGCGGCUGCAGCAGCAGCAGCAGCGGCGGCGGUGGGAGGUGGUGGUAUUCCUUUGCCCCUGAUGUCUCCGGUCGGGAUGCAUGGUUUGCCGGCUGGUCCACGAACGCCUGAUGGACAACCUCUGCUUUCCCCGAUGGGUGCAUUUCCUGGCUACCCCUACCAAGCCGUCAUGCCACCCCUGGAGUCUCCUACCAGCCUUCUUCAGGCCAGGCUACAACACUCCCCAGGAUUCCCCUUCCCUCAGCAAGCAACCAUGCAUCCACAACAAGUCUUCUUUCCCGGGCCCUACGAUGACCAGGGGACUGGCCAAAGGGUUCCCACUAUUGACAAGAUGUCUUGGCUGGAUGCUGCAGAGAUUAUUUUGGAGGAAGCCCAACAGCCCCUUCAUCUCAAAGACAUUAAGCAAAGGAUCGUAGAACAGGGACUGGUUGGUCCUAAUGCAAGGUCCAGUCUAGAGACCCUCAUGUACAGGGACGCACAGAAAGGCAGCAAACGAUUUGUUAAGUUGGAUGAACUUCUUGGAGUCUUCAGGCUUAUGACACCUGAGGAGAAAAAGGCUGCCAGGAAAACCAACAAAAGAGCCCCCAAGCAAGCGACCCCAAAGGCAACCUCCCUGAAAACGACCGUCGCAACCACGGUCACAACCACUACAACAGCGCCAACAAUAUCACCAACAGCCACAACUGAACCAACAACAGUGACUAGUCCGACUGCUGCAGCGCAAGCCGAGAGGAACGCCAAAUUCAAGAGGAAGAGCCAGAACCUAAGACGUCUUAUCAAGGCCAUGGUCUUUGAGAAUGCUGCCCUCUGUGAUGAAGUGGCGCGAACCGAAGCCAAGCUGCCGAGAGCGAGAGCGGAACGGCGGUUCCUCCUUCUGCGACUUCUCCACUACCAAGCCUUGACCGGGAAACCCCUCCUGGACAAUGACCAGCAGCCAGCUGUCAAGAAGGAGACGAACACAAAGGAGAAGGAGGCAGAAAAGACAAAUAGGAAAGAGAAGACAGAGAAGGUAGCAAGGAAAGAUAAGGAUAGGGAGAGAAAGAAGGACAAGAACAGGCAUAAGCACAAGAAGAACAAGAAAGGAUCUAAAGAUGGCGAUAAGAAAUUAGAAGCAAAUCAACUCAAGAAGAAAAAGCCAAGUAGCAGCCUGAAAAGACACAUCUUGCCCAUACCUAUGAAUGAAGAAGGUCAGCCAAUCUUCCCCAUCGCCCAGGGAAGCCUGACCGUCCACUCCCUGGGGAAGGUCAUCCCAGACAAAGUCACCUUCCACUCGGACCGAUUCAUCUACCCUGCUGGUUUCCAUAGCACCCGUAUCUAUGGCAACAUGGAUGACCCAAAGAAGAAGUGCGUUUACACCUGCAAGAUUAUUGACAAUGGAGGGGAAGCCAAGUUUGAGAUUUGUGAUGACCAAACACCACCUACCAUCCUGAGUGCGAACACAGCUACAAAGUGCCAUCGAAAACUGCUUCAGGCCAUCAAUAAAGCUUUUGGUGAGGACAUUGUCAACGAGUCCCGGGACCGGUCCCAAGAAUUCUUUGGCUUCUCCCACCCCACCAUCCAGAACCUGAUCCAGGGCUUAGCCGGAGCGACCCAGUGCAUGGCCUACCGCUGGCUACGGUUUGAGGAAUGCAAGCCUGAGGAGAGAGAAAAAAUCGCUCACUGGUAUGAGAGCGACCCAACCGUCUGCUACGAGGCUCUUUGUAACGCAUACAAGAAAAAGAUGGAUGACAAACAAGCUGCAGCUAUAGCUUCCACAACUACCUCCGCGCCACCAACGUCAUCAGCAUCAGCGACCUUCCCAACGUCAAUGUCUUCGACUGGCUCGAUGUCACCAAGCGCUUCAAUGUCAUCGGCCACCAUGCCUGUUACACCUGUAGCGUCACCGUCAGAAAGUCAUAAUCUAAGAUCAUUGCUUACCUCGGCUCCCAUAGUUAGCCUGCAGCCUUCGAUAUCAGCAAGACUGGACAGUUUCUCGGGAAAUGAAGGGAAGUGAUGGCACUCGCACUGGUGUAUAUUUACCUGGUCUCCAAGCAGUUGGACUUCUGUUCAAAUAGUCUAAUACCACUUGGGCUGAAUACAAGGUUUAUUUUCACUUGCUCUACUUGUCAGAUGGUCUAUUACUACAUGGAGUAAACUGAAGGUUUAUAUUCAUUUGAUCUACAAGCAUGUGGGCUACUUUUCAGAUGACCUAAGUACCACAUGGGCCAGAUCCAACUCUUAUUUAUAUUUACUGGGUCUGCAAGCCAUUGGUACCUUUCUCAGAAAGUCUAAUAUACCACUUGUGCUUAACCCAUUUAGACUUCUAUCAAUUUGUUAUAAUGUACUUUCGGUGUACAAAUACAAUUGAUAUACUAGUAAUUUCCACGUAGUCUAGUGAUAAAUUCUGUCAUUACUUGAUCAAUAUAAUUUCCACUUCUUGUUGUUUACUACUUACAAAUGAAAAUUUGGGUCACUAAUGGUUCAUCUAACCAAGUAACCAUACAGACUCAGUGAAGUUAGACCAAAUGGAUAUUAGACAAAAUGGGUAUAACCCAAAUGGGAAUUAGAUGAAACAGUUGAGAAACAGAUGAGACUGAGUGGCAAUCAGAUGAAAAGACUAUUGCCAAACUGGCUAUAGACUAAAUGGGAUAAGACCAUAUGGGAUGCGACCAAACGGGCAGAAGACAGUGGUUUUAACAAUUUACCACAUUAGUUACAAACUCUGUGAUACGCCUGUAAUUUAAGAAGAUUCCCCAUUGCUCCUAACUUGAAAUUCUUUAAACAACAGUUUCAUUCAUGUAUAUAUAUAUUUUUUUAAACAUGUGCACAUUUGUACAGUUUUCUAAAUUUUCUGAAAAAUACAUGGUAAUUAAUCA